UUCAUUUGUAGUAAUCUUGAAGUGGUUGAUUUCCCGUGCAGUAAUCGCACCCCUCCUUCCCGGAAUAUAACUGUAUAAUCUCGACGUCUCCGGCAUUAACAGCCUCUUUUCAACUUCCGCUGAGUAGCAGCCAUGAGCAUGCUCAGGCUUCAGAAGAGGUUGGCGUCCAGCGUUCUGCGCUGUGGCAAGAAGAAAGUGUGGCUGGACCCAAAUGAGACCAAUGAGAUUGCCAAUGCCAAUUCUCGGCAGCAGAUUCGCAAGUUGGUGAAGGAUGGGCUGAUAAUCAAGAAGCCUGUAACCGUUCACUCUCGUGCUCGAUGCCGCAAGAAUACCCUGGCACGACGGAAGGGUCGUCACAUGGGCGUUGGUAAGAGAAAGGGUACGGCAAAUGCUCGUAUGCCAGAGAAGCUGUGCUGGAUGAGACGGAUGCGUAUUCUGCGACGACUUCUGAGACGUUACAGAGAGGCCAAGAAGAUCGACAGGCACAUGUACCACAGCUUGUAUCUGAGGGCAAAGGGUAACGUGUUCAAGAACAAACGUAUCCUGAUGGAGCACAUUCACAAGCUCAAGGCAGACAAGGCCCGCAAGAAGCUCUUGUCUGACCAGGCAGAGGCUCGUCGUACAAAGACCCGUGAGGCACGUAAACGUCGUGAGGAGAGACAGCAGGCUAAGAAAGAGGAACUCAUUAAAACUCUUUCCAAGGAAGAAGAGACCAAGAAAUAAGAUUGUCAUCUUUUCCUGCCCCAAAUGUUCUUCAGCUCACCUAAGUGAUAAUAAAUACACUUUGCUACAG